CUCAUCAGUGUUCAUAGAUCCCUGGCCGCCAAAGAAGCCUCGCACCACCACUGUGUCCCAGCUUCUCUGCCCUUCAACCACAGACCUAACCAAGCACCACCCUCUUUAACCCCCAGGUUUGUUCUAUGUUUCUCAUUUGUUAACUUGAUAUUGAAGAAAAUGUCGACCAAGUCACAGCCAUCUUCAUGGUUUAGGCUCCUUAACCAGACCUUUCAGAACCCUCCUAGAACUCCGCCUUCAUUUUCUCGGAAAAUCUCAUCGCCAAACACCCAUUACUCAAGUGCUCCUUGCCUUCGCAAUCGUAUCCCUAAAACCCUCUUAAAACCCCAUUCCCCAUUUUGCCGAAAAAUCUCAACUUUUUCCUAUUUUCCCAAUCACCGAACACCAAAGUCUCCACUUUCUUUUACGAGAUGUCAUUUCUCUACAAGCUUUACAUCGGACGAGGCAAUCGAUGAUCUGCUUGAAGAACUUGUUGCUGAAGUAGAACUGGAGAAGCAGAAAGAACGAGAGGAUAGGAAGAGAAAAGGUUUGGAUGAUGAAGAGGAUAAUGAAGAUUAUAUGGGCGUAACGCCAUUGAUAGCCAAGCUUGAAAAGAAGGAGUUAACGGAACAAGAUAUUGAUCUAAUGCUUGAGGUCCCCACGGAUUCGGAUACUGAAGAAGAUAGUGAGGAUGAGAAUGAUAGGGAUGACAACAAGUGGGAAUUGCAAUUUGAGAAGAAAAAGAAGAUGCAUGAGCAGCUGUUAAAGAACUUCUGUGAGGCAGGGACACUCGAUGAUGCUUUUAAAUGGAUGGAGAAAGUUAACAAGUUUGAGGAAAAGCAUUUUAAACUUCGUCUUGAAUAUAGGGUCAUUGGUGACUUGAUGAAUCUACUUAAGGUGGCUGAAGGAAAGGAGAAAUUUAUCCUUCAGCAAAAAUUGAAUAGGGCAAUGAGGCUUCUUCAAUGGAAGGAAGCUUACGAUCCCAAUAAUCCUGCCAAUUAUGGAGUUAUUCAGCAACAACAAGUUGAUCCUUCUGGUGAUCAUGAGGAAGGUGCUGAACUUGAGAAUGAGAAUGAGAAGAAAAUAGUAGGCAAUGAUGAUGAGGAGGAUGAAGAAGAAUUUGAUGAUAUGAAAGAGAGGGAUAAUAUUCUCUUGGAGAAGCUGAAUGCUAUUGACAAGAAACUGGAAGAAAAGCUGGCAGAGUUGGAUUAUACAUUCGGCAGGAAGGGAAAGCUUCUUGAGGAGGAGAUCAGAGAUCUUGCAGAGGAAAGAAAUGCUUUGACAGAGAAGAAAAGAACACCUCUUUACAGAAAGGGUUUUGAUGUGAGGUUGAUUGAUGUAAACCGAACUUGUAAAGUAACAAAGGGAGGGCAAGUGGUCAAGUACACCGCUUUGAUGGCAUGUGGAAACUUUCAUGGUGUUGUUGGAUAUGCAAAAGCCAAAGCCCCAGCAGUCCCUAUUGCACUUCAAAAGGCGCAUGAGAAAUGCUUUGAGAAUCUUCACUAUAUUGAACGACAUGAGGAGCAUACGAUAGCCCAUGCAAUUCAAACAACAUAUAAGAAGACUAAGGUCUAUCUCUGGCCUGCAAAAACUACAACGGGUAUGAAAGCUGGAAGAACUGUUGAAAACAUUUUGGAGUUAGCUGGGUUCAAGAAUGUCAAAUCUAAGGUUAUUGGCUCAAGGAACCCUCACAACACCGUCAAGGCUGUUUUUAAAGCCCUCAAUGCAGUUGAAACACCAAAAGACAUUCAGGAGAAGUUUGGGAGAACGGUUGUUGAGAAACACUUGCUGCAAUAACCCCCCCCCCUCUCCCCCAAUUCACACCCUGUAUUUUGGAUCAGAUAAAUUGAAAAGAAAAACCCAACCAUUUUUUUUCUUUUGAAAUAAUUCGGGGAUCUGGUUUUGUGCCUAAAUAUUUUAGAUAAUUUUUUUGUUCUUUUUCUGAACUUGGUUUUCUCCUCUCUUUUUUUCUUUUCUUUUAAGUCCAAUUAGUGCUUUGGAAAAGGUCUUUUAGCCUUAAUUACACGAUCUGAAUGUAUCAAAUGUCGUAAAAUAUGCGAAUAUGAAUACAUAAUUGGGUUGGAGUGGAACACCAUCCUGAAUUUUGGUA